GGCACUGACUGGCAUCACUGCUGGGCACUGACUGGCGGCACUGACUGGCACAACCCCUGGGCACUGACUGGUGGCACUGACUGGCAGCACUGCUGGGCUGCACUGGUGGGUGGCACUGGUGGGCAGCACUGGUGGGUGGGCACAGGUGGGUGGCACUGGUGGGCACAGGUGGGUGGGCACAGGUGGUUGGCACUGCUGGGCACAGGUAGGUGGCACUUCUGGGCACAGGUAGGUGGCACUGCAGAGUGGCACAGGUGGGCGGAGCUAGUGGGCGCACUGCUGGGCAAGGUGGGCGGAACUUGCGGGUGGCACUGCUGG